AUGAGGUUACGACAGCCACGGCCGCACACUUUGCUCCUCCUCCUACCCGCAUUACGAGUUCUUGCCACAUCCGUCGCAGUAGAUACAUCGGACGACAGGCUGCCCGCGCGGGCCGUCGUACCUGCCUACACCCAAGCUACCUAUUCACCUGAUGCCUCACUUGCCCCGACAGCUCCUGCGAAAGGCACCAAAGAUGCACCGUUCGACGGACUCGACGGCAAGCCGCAUGCUGGGCCAUACGUGGAUGACGACCCGAAAUACAAAGGGAAGAAAGCCCCCAAUGUUGUAGAAGAUCUUGGGUCGGCAAAGAAGCCUGGCGCUUCUCCAGAAACUGUUCUGGUAGACGACGUGAAAGAUGGCGACAAGAGCGUCAUGCAAGAUCCCGCGCGGAAACCGGCCACGGGCACCACUGGCACCGAGGGCGGAGUGUCAGCAAAGGACAAAGAGCGAUUGGCACACGAGGAGAAGACGGGCGAAAAGAAGGAAAUGGUUCCCGCGUCACCAAAGGAGGCGCAUCCGCAUCCUGCUGACCAGAAGCAAUUGGGCGCAGAGGCAGUAGAGACUGCGAGCACCACUCGUGUGCUCGGUGCUGGUGGGCUUGAGAAACCCACCGAUCUUCCCGACUCCAUCCAUGACAAUCCGCUUCCUGUGCCAGGUUCCGUUUCCACAAAGGAUCCUCUAGACACCACCCCGCCCAAAACCCCCUCUUCCACACUUGACGAUGUCGACGCCGGCGCCGUACAGCCUUUCCAUUCCUUUAUCCUCGCUUUCACCAUGAUCAUCUUCUCAGAGAUCGGAGACAAGACAUUCCUCGUUGCAGCCCUCAUGGCUAUGCGACACCCCCGCCUCCUUGUCUUCUCUGCUGCCUUCUCGGCUCUCGUCGUCAUGACAGUCCUCUCUGCCGUGAUGGGCCACGCCGUCCCCGCACUCCUCUCGGAACGCUUCACCCACUUUGCGGCCGCUGCUCUGUUCCUCGUAUUUGGUGUCAAGCUUAUAAGAGAGGGUCUUGCCAUGAGCCCAGACGACGGUGUGGGCGAGGAGAUGGCCGAGGUCGAGCAGGAACUCGAAGAGAAGGAACAGCUUGCCCGACACCAGAAGGGCCGGAAGUCCUCCAUUUCUCCCUACGCCCUAGAGUCUGGUCUUGGUUCACGACGCUCACGAUCCAACUCGCGACUUCCUGCCCCCGCACGUAGCCCUUCUACUUCGCCUGAUAGAUCGCCGUCACCGCGCGGAGGCUCUUUGGGCGGUACCCUGGGCGCUGUUAACAACCUCUUCUCUCUUCUUCUUAGCCCUGCUUGGGUACAGACGUUUAUAAUGACAUUCCUUGGAGAGUGGGGUGACCGCAGUCAGAUUGCGACUGUUGCCAUGGCUGCUGGUUCUGACUACUGGUGGGUCACUGCUGGCGCUGUAGUUGGCCAUGGGCUGUGUACUGCAGGUGCGGUCAUUGGUGGCCGUGCUAUUGCCGGAAAGAUCAGCAUGCGCAAUGUCACGCUUGGUGGUGCUAUUGCUUUCCUCAUCUUCGGCAUCAUCUACACGUUCGAAGCGUUCUACUCCUAA